CCGGGGACACCCUCCCGGUGCCCUCGGGAACGCGGCUCGGUAAACAAUGGAGCCAGAGGUAAAAGUGAGUGAAGAUUUCAAAAGCCAGUUCAAGGCUUACCAGGAGCAGCAGCAAAGGCGGCUGAGAAGUGUGAUGGAGGCCAGGAAGGAGAAGCAGGACAGGCAGAAGAGCACUGGCAGCACAAAGGAGACUGUAAGAGCCCUGAGUGACCUAAACCUGUUUAAAAAAGGACCUCCUGUAAAGGAAGAUGCCAGCAAAAGUUUCUUUGAGGCUGAGAAUGAGCAGCUGCAGGAUCAGCUCCGAGAGCUCCGGGAUGAGAACUGCAGGCUCUACAGGCUGAUGGCAGAGAAAGAUUUUGAAAUAAAAGAGCUCCAGAAAAGAGUAAAGGAGGAGAGGUUGGCUCUGUCAGGGGUGUCUGGCUUGGCUGGAGACGUGGCUGCCACCAAAAUAGUUGAGUUGGCCAAAAAGAACCGGGAGGUGACUGCUGAGUUUGAGAGUGAGAGAGCCAGAGUGAAGCAGCUGAACCACAGAGUCAAGGAGCUGGAGAGAGAACUACAGGCAGCUGCAGAAAAAAUCCAUUCCCUUGGUGGUGAUGCUGCAGGAAUCAAGGAGUCAGCUCUGAAAAGGCUGGAAGGAAACUUGGCUGAAAAUCCAGAGGUGAAAGCACUGCAAGAAAAAUUGAGCACAGCCAACGUAAAAGUGACAGAAUAUCGGAACCAGCUGCAGAAUUUGAAACAGGAACUGAAGCUGACCCAGAAGAUUUUAGCCAAAGAAGUUGGGGAAGAUGUGAAUAUCCAAAACCUCUUGACCAAUUCUGGCAGCUGGCGUGGGCGAGCUCAGCAAAUUGUCCUUCUCCAAGGCAAGGUUCACGAGCUGGAGCACAAACUGAAUCAGCAGAAGAUCAGAACUUCACUGCUGGAGAUGGAUGAGGGGCUGCUGGCAUUUCCUGAUUCAAGGAAAUUGUCAGUCCAAGAGAAGAACUUGCUGAAGAUUCGCAGCCUGGAAAAAGAGAAGAAGGAAUCUUUGGAGAAACUCUCUGAGCAACACAACACUCUCCAAAAAAACCACGAGGAACUGAAAAAAAAACUUGAUGCCACAAAAGCCAGGAACCAAAUGCUGUGUGGAGAAGUGAAGAUGCUGAAGGGGCAGAUUGGAACCUUGCUGGAGAAAGGGAAACACGACGAUGAGCUCAUAGAUGCCUUGCUGAGCCAGCAGAAGCAAAUGCAGGAGAUCUUAAAGGGCCUGAGCCAGAAGAAGGGUGAGAACAAGGAGAUGAUGGAGCCUGAGAUUCAGAAACAAAGCACCCUGAUAGAUGAGCUCAGGCAGCUGGUGGCUGACAGAGAAGCAAAGGUUAAAACUCUGGAGGAGGAGAUUGGGCAGCUCACACAUCAGGACAAGUCAGGAGCUGCUCAUCCACCACACUCUGAGCACUCAGCAUCACCUGAGGCUGCAAGGACAGAAUCUGCCCGCACAGUGUCUGCAAUGGGCCACAUGCUCGUGGAGUCAGCAGCCACAGAGCCUUUCUUCCUCAUCCCACCUGCAAGGUCUGCUGGCACGGACAGCCUGAGCUGGGAAACGCUGCUGGGAGAGCUCCUAACACAGAGGCUUCUGUGCCAGCCUGCUGCAAAGGAGAGGGAAAAGCUCCUGGAGCUGCUGGCUGUGCUGCAGAGAAGGGUGAUGGAAAGCAGCAGCAAAGUCUUGGAAGCUGAGAAGAAGCUCCAGGAAGAGCAGUGGCAGAGUGACAGCCUGGAACAGCACCUUGAAAAGCUGCAGGUGGAUCCAGAGAGCAGCACAACUGCCCAGGAGCCUGCCCUGAGGAGCAGAAAAGCCCAGGCCAGCCUCCCCUUGCAUGUGAGUGACACAGAGGAGCUCUCUGCAGCCCUGGCUGAGCUGCCCCUGAAGUCUCAGGUGGAGGAGCUGAGCAGGAGGCUUGGCUUCCAGCUGGAUGAGAACAAAAGUCUGAAGGCUGCUCUGAAGGAGCCUGUGACAGCCAAAGGGGAGGAUUUUUAACUGCAUCAAGCCACAGUGGAGAAAGUGAGGGAUGGGUUUGCAGUGGGUGCUCAGCCUCACACACCAAAGAGUUAAUCCAGAUAUUGCCAGACCUUUGGGCUGCAGAGCAGGGACAGAGCCCAGGCACCAGUGUCAUUUUGCAGCCUCAGAUCGUGUCACUUCUUCAGCAUUUGCAGGAGAGGAUGAGAAGCAGAGAUGAAAUACAAAAAGUGAAGGUUUUAUGUGUCAGCACUUUCUGUCUCUGAGGCUUGGCAAGCAGGGUGGUGGGUGUAGUUUGGGAAGCUGCAAUUCUGCAGGGGGAUUUGGGACAAAACCUUCCAGGUUCCAGCACAGUGUUCCCUGGCAGGGCUUGAUAUUCAAUCUGCUGCUGCCUUUAUCAGCUCAGGAAGGAAUUUGCUGUGCAAAAGUUAGGCCAGCCCCCUUCCUUAGAACAAAACAAGCUCUGUUUUUAUCCCUACCUGCCUGUCUCAGGCUUUCUGUAGCACUUCAGUGCCCAGGCACAGGAUUAGCCUGACCUGGGACACUCUGCAAAUCAGCUCUGGGUGGGCUCCUCUCAUCAUCCCAACCUCUCUCUUUGCUUGAACAUGCAGCAGUUUUCUGAGUUUCCACUGAAAAGCUGUGCAGAUUACCCCUGCAAUGAGUCAACCUACCUUAAAUUCAGCUCAUUCCAUAAAAAACUUGCCACCCAGGUUAUGAAUUCCCUGUUUCUGGGUCUCUGCAUUCAUCCAUCGAGCAGAUCUUGUUCUCCCUGGGAAGAAAUGUUAUAAAAUGCAGGCAGGUCCUCACUGCAGCAGUGCUGGGACUUUUGGAGCUGCUGCAAACCCUGGCAGCCCUGUCCUUCUCUGCUGCAGCACAGUGAGGACACAGAGUGCAAGCUAAUCAGGCAUUGCCAUGCAGCCUGCCAGUGCACAGCAGCCUUGGGGAUUCCAGGCCAAUGGAGAGCCAGGCAUGUUUGUACAGUGCUGCUUUGUUUCUCACUUGAAAGUCUUGAAAGCUUUUCUUUUUUUCCUCCUUUGCUUUGUCAGCCUCUUCUUAUGAGCCUGAAGUUUGUCAGGCUUUAACCCCAGGCAGCACCACCAUGAAUUUGCAUUUCAGGGCUAAAUACACCAGUGCAAAGUGGAUUUUUGGGUUUCAUCCUGACUCCCCUGUGCAGAGUGGA